AUGUGGGGUGGACUGAAGAAGCGCACACACUAUGGUGACGUCUUCAGGCGCUGGAGUGCCUCUCAGGGACUGGACGUCCUGCGCACCUCGCUCUACAAAGAGCCGCGCCCGUGGUACAUUAGCUACACACUCCAUCAGGCAAAUCACUUGCUGCAAGAUCAUCACUGCGCGCGUCUGCUUGCAUGGAGCACGUCCAUUGUGGAACUCCGCACGAGCCUCGCUGACAAACAGGAAGCGUAUCGAUACACGCAAGAGAUGUUCAACAUGUUUGUGCGGCAUCACAAGGUUGGUCGUCAGAGUCUGUACGAGUACAUGCGACUCUGCGCGGUUGGCAAAGACCUUAGUUCAGCAUUCAACUGGUUCAAGUACUGGAAAGAAGCGCAACUGGAGAGUCACGACGCGCUGAGUCUCCUCAGUUGGUUGCUGCAAGUGGCAGCUCUCUCGCCAAACGACGAACGGGUAGAGGAUAUGGCGCUGACAGUGCUGGAGGUCUACACACAGCACUUCAUGUUUCCCUCAGAAGACGCCACCUCAGAGAGUGCCGCUGCACCAAUGAGCUCUACGACUACAACGUGUACUGCUUCGUCCUCAGGUACUGCUAUGUUGCGUCAUUUUCAGCCCACCUCGCCUGUCGAGGAAACUGAACUGCGGCGUUUUUUUUGUCUCUUCCAGCAACUUGCUCCGCGAGUGGUGUCGAGCGCGCAGCUCUGCAAAUUUUUGGCAACCUUACCCCGUUCCCCGACAGAGGCUCUCGCGGACUCUGCUGCCGUUGGUUGGCCGACGGAUAGCGCCCAUCGUCUUUUCCCUCAGUUGGAGCAGCACAUCGGAAGUGGCUUCUCAGAGGUCAGACUCGGCAAAGGUAGAAAUGCGUCUGAAGACGAGGAGCUCCGCCUUGGACAUCGCUCUCCACCGCGCCUGUGUGACUCGCUCCUGCAUCCUUCCUUUCUCGCGAAGCUUGAAGACAGCGCUGCGCGUCACAAUGUUGCGGAGGUGAUAACCCUAAUUGACGACUACCAGGAGCGCGUCCGGCAUGAGCGCGAACGCACCAGCAGCGAUUGUAAUCCAGCUCUGCGCAAGUGCUCCAGCGAGGGGGAACUGUGGCGCGCGUACGCAGACCCGACAUCGAUCGCAUUCCGCCGUAGGCUCGUCGAGCGAGGUGGGUUGACGCCCGAGCUGUAUCACUACCUCAUCACCGCAUUAGCGGAUGCCCAACCUUCUGCCGCUCUGCGCACAUUGAAACGCAUGGAAGAGGCGCAGCUUCGACCACUGGAUGUAACGCGGGCGGUGGUCCUUGUAGCUGUCUAUGACUCUGCCGAAGAUCGCCGUCGGCUAUUCCAGCAGCAGCUGGAUGAAAUGCGCCUACGCGCUCGCCUUGACGAGGACCACAACACUGUGAAGGUGGUGGAGGCGUACUGGAAAUAUGAUUACGUGGACUUUUUCCACUACCGCAAUGCACUUGAGAGGAAAGCAUUCUAUGAGUUUCUUCUUCACAGACUAGGACCCCAGCCCCUUCAACAGCUGCUGCUCGACACCUGUGCCCACGGGCCGGCGGCGGCCCUGGAAGAUUUGGUGCUGCUCGACGAGGACCUUCGCAUAGCCUCGUCUCGUUACUUUCGGGCUCAAGUCGGCCGAAGUGCGGUGCAGCGCGCGCUGGACGACAUCAGCGCCCACAUGCCAAAGCUGGACAUUGGGCUUGUUGGUACGCUGCCACACUUUGGUGAUUACUGCAUGGACGCCGACGACAGCAUCGCGCACAGCGAAGCCGCGCUUCAGGGCUUAGUUCAGCCCUAUGAGUCCAUCUACGUCCUUGACGCCUCCUUUGUUGAGACCUCCGAAGCGUUUCUCACGCUGGGAGCUGCGUCGCAGUCGCUGGUGCUCGUCCCGUACCUUUGCCUCGCGCAGCUUGCGGAGUCGGUCGCGAAUGCAGACCGUUUUGUCACCUUUGACCCAGCGCUGCAGCAAAUGGCGCGCGCGGAACCGUUUCUAGCGUCGCAGCGGCUGCGCGGGAUUUUCGCUAUGAUUUCCUCUGCUACCGCUUCGCGACUGACAGGCGUGGGGCGGCGCACCCGUGUCCUGCACUUCACUGAGUGCAUCUGUGCAAAUCAAGUGGACCCGCAGGUCCUCGACGCGCUUGGUGUCUCCCCGUCUGUCAGCGACAACGAUCAGCUACUUCUUAUCCUCGCAAUGCUCAGCUCACUUAAGGCACCAAAGUCGCGCCUUGUCUUGUGCACCGACGACCCGAAACUCAUAGAACAGCUGGAGUACUUUCGAAGCUCCUCGCUUUUUGGGUCUGCUGUGGAAGUUAUCAGCACUGCGCCGCCCGAGAACCUUGAUUUGGAGAACAGCCUUAUUGAUGACAAUCCUGUACUAAAGGGCGCUGACGAGGGAGACGUGGCAGAAUCCUUUGAGCCACGUCUGGGCAUUGCGGCCGACUUGCUUGCACUGAAUGGCAAUAAGGGUAGCUCCGCGACUGAGGAGCAGCAGGCGACCGCUGAUUCGUCCGUCCACGGCAGCGACACAGUGUUGUCUCUUCAUGGAGAGGCGAAUGCGGGAGUGAAAGUCGAUGCGUCGUCGAAUGUCCCGACAGAGGGCGCAACCAUCUUCAAGAGCGGUAUGGAUUCUACAUGGCUGGAUUUGCUGGAGGAGGAGGGAGAGGACGCUGUGGAGGUUGCGAUGGCAGCACCUUCUCCCUCAAGACCGGUAACGUCAGCAAGUGCGACUGUACCGGCCCCCACACCGGACACCUCACCAGCGGAGCAAGAGCGCCGUGCUCGUUUAAUGGACCUUUAUGAGACGCCGUUCGACGUUGUGCCUGUUGGCGUGCGAAUGGAAACGGCCUCAGCUGUCGGAUCGGUCUUUACAGAGUUUGACUCGUUGGAACCGGAGCAGAGGGAGGCACGUGCGGCAGAUCGGGCGGCGGCGCGCUCAUCGCUAGCACCAGAGGCCGGUGAGGCAAACAAACGCGGCGACGGAAAAAGUCGCAGACGCCGCCGCUCAGUGCUAGAGAAGGAGAUGCUUAGCAAUCGUGGUGUAUCCAACAAGGAACGCUUUCAAGUGGCGCGCCAGCUGUCCAACUGGAGUGGUGGUCGCGUGCCCUUCAAUUUGCGGUACCGCGUGGUGGAAGCGAACGUUCGUGAUCCGCGGAACGCGCACCUGCGCAGUGCCUACGAGGCAGCAUUGGCGAAGAAACGGUCCAACUUUAAGCAGAGGCGCAGCUAA